GCGAGAGGCACGGGGUUCGAUUCCCCGCACCUCCAUACAUUUUUUUUGUCUACUAUGGACCUGCAUCGGAACACAGUCGAUUUUUACACUCUGCCUGCUCGUUUCUGAGACCUUCUUCGCAUCCGUCGUUGUGUUUUAUUCCGCCGUUAACUACUGUCGUUCAACCACAGCUCAGUCGUCGAACUCUCCGACACACUUUAAUCGAUCAGCCGUAUAUCUGGCAUGUCGAUCCUAAUACCAUCACGUCAGUUAUUCAUCGAUGGCGAGUGGAGAGAACCUGUUAGGUAGAACCGCAUGCCCGUCAUCAAUCCAGCCACCGAGCAGAUCAUUGGGGAUAUUCCAGCUGCUACAGAAGAAGAUGUUAACGUUGCUGUGGAUGCUGCUCACAAAGCUCUUAAACGUAAUGGAGGGAAAGAGUGGGCAUCAGCAUCAGGAGCUCAUCGUGCCAAGUAUUUGCGUGCUAUUGCUUCAAAGAUAGUGGAGAAGAAAUCUGAAUUGGCAAAACUUGAAGCUAUCGAUUGUGGCAAACCACUUGAAGAAGCAGCUUGGGAUAUGAAUGAUGUUGCUGGAUGCUUUGAGUACAAUGCUGAUCUUGCUGAAGAGUUGGAUAGAAAUCAAAAUGCAUCUGUUAGUCUUCCAAUGGAUACAUUUAAGUGUCAUCUUAUCAGAGAACCUAUUGGUGUUGUUGGAUUGAUUACUCCAUGGAAUUACCCUUUGCUGAUGGCCACCUGGAAAGUUGCUCCUGCCAUGGCAGCUGGAUGUGCUGCCAUUCUCAAACCAUCAGAAUUAGCAUCUCUCCUGUUACACUUGAACUAGGUGGGAAAAGUCCAAUAGUGGUGUUUGAUGAUGUGGACAUUGAUAAAGCUGUUGAGUGGCCGCUGUUUGGUUGCUUCUGGACAAAUGGUCAAAUAUGCAGUGCAACAUCUCGGCUUCUAGUACAUGAAAGUAUUAGUGAGGAGUUUUUAGAGAAGCUUGUUAAGUGGGCUAAAAACAUAAAAGAUUUGUUUUUGGUUCGGUUGAUGGAAUUUUGUAACCUCUUUUUUUAUCACAUGUGAAUGAUAUUGAUAUGAUAACUACUUCUUGCAUUAUUGCAUGUGAAUAUGUGAUCUUCCUUGGUGUUUUACCCAUAAUAUUACUAUGUGUUGUGUUGGUUUCUUUA